CCCAAAAGCAAGGACACAUCCCUCACGCCAAAUCACACUCGGAGCAACUAUCAACUAUCAACAUGUCCAGGGCGCCGGCAAAGGCUGCCGCUACUUCGGCCCCGCCGCUCAUUCCCACCUUCCUCCGCAGAUCCACCACACCAUCACGAAAUCCCACCCCGACAUACAGCCACUCCCGCACAGUCUGUGCAGCAACCGCCUUCCAACCCCUCUUCUACCGCGACACAAUCCGAGUCCCCAAACAACGCCGCACAUUCCCACACUGGAAGCACGACGUUGUUCGCCAGACGAUUCUGCCCCAGAGAGUCGCUGGGAAGACGAAGAGGGGGAAAGAGGUUGCUGAGGGGAAGAAGGCGCAGGGUGGGAGACUACCUGGGUGGCAGAUGUUGAGUUCGCUGGAUAUUGGGCCGCAGAAGAUUAAGGGGGCGGAAGUGAAGAGGGAUACGGCCACGGCUGCUGUGGCUGCUGUGAAAAAGGAGAGAGGAGAGAGGACGAGAUAUUUGCACCCAAGAGAUGUACUAGGCCCUAUCAAAACGAUCGUCGGCGAAGUCUCGACCUUCGACUCACAAUCCCAACGCGACACCCUCCUCCAGCUAUGCGCCUCGGUGCUGCAGCAAUUUAACGCAGACGCCAGCACCACCGCUCACCAUUACGCGCUACUACCGCAAGCGAUCGCGCGGAUCAUUGUCGGCUGUCGCAAACUGGGGAGAAGCGAUAUCGCCCAGGAGGUUUUGGAACGAUAUGUUGAAGCGGCGAGGUUGAUUGCAGGGAAGGGCGGGGAUGCUCAGAAAGCGAUGGGGAUUGUGCCAUUCAAUGCACUGUUGGAGGAUUUUGCAUCGAGCGGGAAUCAUGAGGGGUGUCAGAAUGUACUGCGUAAAAUGGCCGGAGUGGAUCUCCAACCGAAUGCGAAAACCUUUAACAUCCUCAUAUCAGCAUGCACCACGGACCAGGUCGAAGUAGCAUGGGGCCUUCUAGAAACCAUGUCCAGCCUCAACCUCCGCCCCAGCCUACGCGCCCUCAACACUCUUCUCGAACUUACAUUUGCCGGAGGCAGCUCCUACAGCAACCAAACAGCCACUGUCUACGAAAAAAUGCUGCACUUCUUCCCCGUCAAACCGGGCUGCCGCACCGGUCCCAACGCGACCACCGCCUGCAUCCUUCUCCGCCAAUGCAGGACCCCAUCGCAACUCGAAGGCGUGUUUGAAGAUAUCAGAAAGUGGUUACUCCUCCGCUCCGCCCGCGUGCAAACCGAACUAAUGCAGACAGCCAAUAGGAUCCAGGAACCCUCCAACCGACUGUCCUACACCCUAGAUUGGGCCAACCGCCUCGGCGGGCUGGGCGUGCCAUUAUCCGUCCAAGCCGCCAACGUAAUCGUCGAAGCAUACGCCGCGGACGGAGCCCUCUCGCAGGGCCUGGAUUACGCCAUGCGACUGCACGAGCAGAACGGAGCCGCUGCGAGCGAUGAGUUGUUAAGAAGCGUGUUGCGGAAAGUCGGGAGGGAGACGGAGCGCGAUGGGGUGGACCGACGGGAAGACCGCGUCGCGUGGGACGUGUGGACGAAACUGAGGGAGACGUCUGCCACGCGUAAGUCGUUCGUCGAGCUCGUGGAUGCGCUGGGCAGGGCUGGGGACGCAAGACGGUUAUGGUACCUCUAUGAUCUCAUGACGAAGAAGACCGCGGGCACCUCGGCAGUGCGGUCGUCCGCAUCGACGGUGGUACCACAUGAUGAGGCGACACAGGACCCGGAACACCGCAUCCUCCAACACAUCGACCCGACCGACCCCCGCCUACACCGCGCCUUCAUCCGUGCCUUCUCCACCCGCCUCACAGCGGACCCCACCGCCGCCGCAUACAUCUUUUCCUCCCACGCUACCCUAAACGAUGAAAAAUCGGCGCUGGAAAUGCUCAGAGGCGUGCGUGAUCGCCGAGACGCCGCGGGGUUGCUUACGACACUGUUGACUGUGGCCGUGCAGAAAGGUGUGCCCUUGACCGCGGAAGGGUUGAAGGUCGCGUUAGAGGGGGUAGUCGAGCGUGUGCGGCGCCAGACCACCCUCCCUUCUUCGUCAUCAGAACAACAACCAAUGGCGUUCUCAGCCGCCCACACCCUCUCCCACCUCGGGCUCUAUAACCCCUCGGCCACCCACCCGCGCCCGCUCGAGCAAUUUGCGCUCACACGGUCGGCGGUUGUGGGCGCUGUUGCGCAAGGGGUUGCGAGCGCGGCGGAGAGAGUGAGGGGUGGGAGGGAUGUGGAGGAUGCGGUGGAGAGUUUGAGGAGGUGGGUUGAGGGGAGGGAUGAGGGUCCGGAGGGGGUGGAGAGGAGUGAGGCUUGGGCGGUGGGGAGGUUGAAAGAGAUUGUGGGGUUGUAGAGAGGGGAUGUACGUAGAUACCUUGUGUACUGUAUACCUGGUGCUAGAUAUGGAGAUGUAUACCUGUCGCUGGUAACUUGCGUUGGGUCUGAGCGGUCUCGACUACUUGAGUGAGC